AUGACUUCUUAUUCGCUGGGUAUCCCGAAAGCAUAUGAAUGUCCAGUUGCCGAAGCAUGCAAGGGUGGUCUAGACUCUGAAUGUUCUCUUGGCUAUGAAGGGCCUCUCUGUGCUGUCUGUAGCAAGGGGUUCUACAUGUUGGCAUCAACAUGUCGUAAAUGCCCGUCCUUACCAUGGAUUAUAGCACAGGUUGUUCUCAUCACUGUCAUAAUAACUGGUCUUCUCAUAUUCAUGAUUAAAGAAAAGAAAAGCAAGUCCAACAAAAGAUCCUUAUCCGACGCCAUGACAGCACGGCUGAAGAUUGUCAUUGGAUUCUUCCAAGUCACUUCAGGAACAAUAUCAGGUUUUUCGUUCAUCAAAUGGCCGGAUGUUAUGAUCUCAGCGAUUAAAUAUGCCGAACUUUUACAGAUGAAUCUGCUACAAAUUGCUCCUCCACAAUGUCUGACCCGAUCGCUGAAAACAGACAUCCAUGUCAAGUUGAUGCUUAUCCUUGUAUUUAACAGCACAGUCGUAUUCUUGGGAUUACUAUAUUACUACAUUAAAACCAGAAGCAACUCAAGGAAUGGCGAGGUGGACGACAAUAUCAAAUGUUCGGCUCAACAGCAAUGUUUUCGCGCCAUUUUCCUGAUCCUCUUCAUCUCAUACCCGCUGACCAGCAGCCACAUUUUUAUGGUUCUUCCGGAAGCGUGUCAGAAAAUCUGUACAUCGACAGAAGAUAACAGUUGCAGCUAUUACUUGAAAUCCGAUUACACUGUGCGCUGUGAAAGCCAAAGGUUCUUCUGGUUCAGCAUCUUUGCUCGAGUUCUUUUGGUAUAUCCAGUAGGUUUUCCAUUGCUGGUUUUGUAUCUUCUUUGGAAGCACUAYUAUAAGAAGACCGACCCAACGAAAAGAAGAAAGGAAGCACUGGGUAUAGCUCUUGGAUUAAGGUUUAUGUAUGAGAACUAUGCAGAACAAGUGUGGUUUUGGGAAAUCAUUGAGUUGGUACGUAAAGUCAUCCUCACGUCAGUCAUUCUUCUGCUUGACGCAGGCAGUCGUUUUACCAUUGGCAUCACUGCUAUAAUAUCUGGUUCAUAUUCCAUCUCUUUUGCGUAUUUCAAGCCCAUGACAGAUGUGUUUGAACACUGGUUACAGUUGACUUCUCUUUUGGCAACGUUGGUCAAUAUGAUCGUUGGAACAUUACUCGUCACACAAAACGAAGGCUCAUCUGCGACUGGAGAAGCUUUGGACGGCGCAGUAAUCAAGGUUCUGUUGAUUGGAGCCAAUGCAGCGGUCGUGGCUAUAAUGGCUGCCCGUUACCUAACAACUCUGGGACAAACCUUUUUGGCUAUCAGACGAAACCCACGCUGCUCAUUGUCAUGCUGUUUGUUCCUGGUUUUAACUUUGAAUGAAGCAUCGAACGAGAUGGCCGGGGUAGACACGUCAGGUAAAGGCCUAAAAAGGCAACAGAACCUCCAAAAUAAUUUUGGAGAGCCACAGUUAGAUUUGUCCCAAGCAGGACUUUCUGUUGAACUCGAGAAGAAAUAG